AAUCACUGCCUCAUGUGUUGCGCAUUGAGUCGACAGCUUUCGCAGCCAUUUGUCUCUCGCCAUACAUUUGCUGUACUUUAAGACAAAACGUUUAGUGCUUUUCAAAUACAAACAAUCUUUUAGUGAAAACAACAUUUCAUUGCAUUUCUUAUUAAUUGUUUUUAAUCAUCUAUUUUAGUGCUUAAUUGUUGUGUAAAUUAUAGUUAUCUAACGGUUUGUCGGUUGGAUUUGUUAGAGCACUGGGAGUUCAAUACUAAUAUAAGAGAGAGAGAGAGAGCCAACACAACACUUGUAUUUCAAAAGUGAAAGUCAGUCCUAUUAUUGGAUGAUAUCAUGUCCUCAACGCAGAGAAAACAGAAACGAAGGGAAAAACACAACACAUCUACUGAUUCAAUACUAUCGGUGACCACAUCACCAUCAAAGGGAUCAGUUUCACCCUCGAAAAAGGCUAAAUAUGAAGAACCAGAGUUGGAUCCAAUAAAUGAAUUGGUAGUAACAGCCACUCCAGCCAGCGAUGCGACUCUUGGAUGGCCUACGGAUGACUUGAAUACAUUAAUAAAUAAUUUGGCCAAAUGUUUGCCAAAGAAUGAUGUGGCGAAAUAUCUGACACUUAUAGAGAAGUUGGACUUUGAAAAGGUUAGGUUUGGCAGAUAUUCAGCACAAGAAUGUAAAGACAAAUGGUUUGAAAUUAUGAACAGAUUGCGUCGGUACCGGACAUUGACUGAUAUGGUUGGUGACGCUCGGGUGUGGUUAAAGGCCCCGUGGCAGACAUACAACAACUCUAAGAAGAUUAAACAUCCAGACUUUCCUAAGAAACCAUUGACGCCAUUCUUUAGAUAUUUUAUGGAAAAACGAGAAAAGUUUGGUCGAACACAACCCGGCGCCAGUGUCACCGAUUUGGCCAAAUUGUUGUCCGCAAAGUUUGCACAACUCAAUGAUCGCAAAAAACAAAAAUACAAAGAAGCCUAUGAUCGGGAAUACGCCGAAUAUAAACAAAAACUGGAACAAUUCAAAGUGGAUCACCCGGAAGUGGAGUUUUCAUCUAUGAGUAAAACACAAUCAUCACACGGUCACGCACAAGAAGGUCCACCCAGACCUAAGACACCGGUGCAGCUAUUUAUGGAGGAAAAGACUAAAAAGAUUCCGUCCAAUAGUGAAGAUAGGAAAGAGAAAACUGACAAAAUUAAGAAAAGUUGGACUCAACUCAGUGAAGGCAAGCGAAUCAAAUGGAUCAGAAGGGCUUUGGCUGAUGAACAACGAUAUCAAACACAACUUCAAGAAUAUAUGAAAGAACACCCGAGUUUUGAACCAAACAAAAAGUUCAAAAAUGUUUUGACGAAAAUGGAAAUUCAAUUGAAAGACAAAUUUGACGGUAAACCCGAACGACCGCCUAAUUCGGGUUAUAGUUUGUUCUCAAAGAUAAUGUUACGCGAACUUAAAGACGUGGCCUCUAAGGAAAAGAUGGUCGUCAUUGCCAAACGUUGGAAGGAAUUGUCUGAAAAUGAAAGACAAGGUUAUAAUAAAGAGGCGCAAAAGGCUAACACCAAAUAUGUCGAAAAAUUUAACACUUAUUUGCAUUCAUUGCCCGAAUCUGAGAGAGAAAAGGUUUUGAGUGAAAACAAACUGAAACUUCCGUCAGAAAAGAAACUCAAACAACAAUUAACUAAUGAAUAAACAAAAUAAUAUUACAAUUCAUUGUUGAGUAA